AUUUACAAGAAGACUUUUUAAAAGUUACAUAACUAUGCCUUCUGUAUUCUAUAUAUUAGUAGUGUUGCUGCUGAUGCCAAGCAUGAAAGACGGUGCUAGUCUAAGACGAUACAAUCGUUCAAUGCACAGAAAUGCUGUCACCAGCAUUGGUGUAGUUAUCAACGGCAAUACUCGUGUGGGAAAGGAGCAGAAAAUAGCUAUGAAGAUUGCAGUUCGCGAUAUUUACAGAAACAGCUGCAGUCCUGUUACUCUGCAUGUUCGAGAUUUUCCUGAAGGCUUGGUACAUGCCACUAACAUUGCAUCCAAGCUUAUGUACAGUAAGAAAGUUGAAGUCUUAAUCGGAACGUUUUCAUUAACAGAAGCGGUAUUCUUAUCAGAAUUUCAUAAGAAUUUACUGGGAGUUCCUAUUUUUCUCUUAACUCCAACUGCAAUGUCUUCACCUUUAGUGCCACUGCCAUCUAAUUUGCUCCAAAUGUCCCAUCAUUUCUCUGUUCAUAUGCAAUGCCUUUCUGCUAUAGUUGGUCAUUUUCGAUGGAGAAGAGUGACAGUUAUAUACGAAAAAAGCAAUAUUUUUCCCAUGGAUUCUGCGUAUUUUGCUGCUCUAUCUGAUUCACUAAGGUCGGUUGAUGCAAUCAUAGAGCAGCAUAUAGCCUUCCCUUCUGUAAGUACCUUGUCAGAACCUGAUGUAGUCAUUGAAAAAGAGCUUUACAAUCUCAAAAGAGGGGGUAACCAUGUCUUUGUACUUCUGCAUUCUUCUCUUGAACUAGCCACGCGUCUUUUCCAAAAGGCGAAUGAGAUGGGGAUGGUAGAAAAAGGGUUUGUUUGGAUAAUAUCAGAUGAGAUUGCAAGUUUACUUGAUUCUGUCGACUCAUCAGUCAUUUCUUCUAUGCAAGGAGUCCUUGGAUACAAAACCAAUAUUUUUGACAGCAGUAAAUCCUACAAAGAGUUUGAGGUCAAAUUCAAGCAAAGUUAUAUUGCUAAAUUUCCUUAUGAUCAAGGAAAUCCAAAUCCAACUUUGUUUGCUUUGAGGGCAUAUGACAUGUUACACGCGAUUACUAAAAGUAAAAAUGCAGCAAUAAAGUCUAACUCUACAGAGUUGUUCCCCAACCUCUUGUUGAGUAACUUUGAAGGUUUGAGUGGGAAUGUAAGCUUUAGAAACGGCGAGCUAAAAGAUAUACCGACCUUCCAAAUUAUCAAUGUGGUCGGAAAAAGCUACAGGGAAUUAGCCUUUUGGUCCUCUGAGUUUGGAUUCUUUAAGAAACAAUCUUCAAAAACUGGUAGAAAGGAAACCAGAAAUUAUGGCCAAAAUCAUGACAUGCUUGUUGAAUUAGGCCCUAUUUACUGGCCAGGCGGUCUGCAGGAAGUUCCGAGAGGUUGGAAUAUUGGUGCUACCAGUGAAAAGCCGCUGAUAAUAGGUGUUCCUGCUUCUGGUGCUUUUCAUUUGGUCAAUGUAAGCAUUGUGGCACCUGACCAGACAUCCAUCACAGGAUUUGUCAUCGACGUAUUUAAUACUUCUCUUAAGUACCUUCCUUAUGAUCUUCCUUUCAAGUUGGUUCCAUAUUAUGGCAGAUAUGAUGAUCUGGUGCAUCAAAUCCAUCAGAGGGUCUUUGAUGCUGCAGUUGGUGAUUUUCUAAUACUAGAUGAAAGAUACAGGUGGGCUGACUUCUCCCAACCUUUUGUGAAAUCUGGAAUGAACAUGGUUGUCACAGUCAAAGAAGACAAGACAAAGGAUAUCUGGAUAUUUGCAAUGGUCUUCGAAAAGAAAUUGUGGAUUCUUUUCUUGUCAAUGGGCCUCUUCAUAGGAUUCGUUGUAUGGUUAGUAGAACGUCGAAGAAAUCCAGAAUUUGCUGAUGGUUCGGUAUCCCAGCAACUUGGGGCAGUUUUCUGGUUUUCCUUCACCUUACUUUUCUUUGCACAAAAGGAAUCGCCUAGGAGCAAUUUAUCCAAGAUUGUUCUUGUACCAUGGUAUCUCCUAAUAUUGAUGCUUACGAUAUAUUUCCAAGCUUCACUUACCUCCCUAAUGACAGUUUCUCAACUAUUACCGUCUGUGAAAGAUGUGGAGGCUCUGAGGGCAGAGAAUGCAGUUGUUGGAUGUAAUUGGAACUCCUUUGUCUGUACGUACUUAGUUCACGUGUUGCGAUUUAAACCAGAAAACAUUAAGCGAAUGCGAGCUGUUGAGGAAUAUCCUCCUGCUUUCGAAAGGGGUGAGAUCAAGGCUGCUUUCUUUGUUACCUUUCACGCGAAAGUUUUUCUGACAAAGUACUGCAGGGGAUACACUCUUGCAGGACCAACUUACAACUUCGGUGGUUUUGGCUUUGCAUUCCGGAAGGGCUCUGUAUUGUCUACAGACAUUUCACAGGCUAUUCUGAAGGCAACAGAAAAGGGAGAAAUAGAAGGUUUGGAGCAUGAGAUGUUCACCCGUUGCAAGUGCUCCACAUCAACAAUAAACAACAGCACCACAUUUGUAGGCCUUAAGCCUUUCUCCGGGCUGUUUUGCAUCUCUGGUGGCGUUGCAGCAGUAGCACUUCUAGUCAUUGUAUUUCCUUCAGUAGAGCUGCAAUCGCGAAUUUUGAGUGUUGUUAAGGAAGCAAUUUUAAGAAGCAGAAUAUGUUCAUGGUUGUCAAUGAUGUUGAGACACCGAACCAGGUUUAGAUUGCCAUGGUUGAGGCCAUAUCCCAAUUCAUAAGCAUAUGCAAAACAUUAUUAGCUGUUACACUGUAAAAACACAACUUAAUUAUUCUAACUUAUUUUAUCUGAAAAAUUAAUGUCUGGACUUAAUUUUUUCUGAACUUUUUUUUUUACUGGCCUUAUUUCUAUCUGGAAUAUAUUUUUAUGUAAUAAGUUAAAUAAGAUGAAACAAACAACAUGCCCUGACAGCCGUUUAAGGGAGGAUUAUAUAUCCACUUGGAAGAUCAAGAUGGACUAGCAAGUGAUCUUUUUUAAG